CCGGCAUCUUUUGUGCCAAAAAAAUUACAAGCAUCAAGUACUAUUUCUACUAUACAUGUACUACUAAUAGUAUACUACUAUGAACACCCUCCGUCGACAUCUCAGUCUCGUUUGCUUUGUGCUCCUCGUUUGUUCCCCUACCAACGUUUGCGCUUCAGCUGCAACGGCAACUGCACGAAAGAGCAACAAGGGUGCAAAGGGUAUCCGAGGAGUACAUGCAUCAUCAGUCCGCUCGAAAUCAGAAUCAGAUUCAGAUUCUGGAGUUCGUGGACGGGAACUAAAAAAGAAAGGAAAGGGUGGCGGUGGCAACGGCCUGAUUGAACUCGAGGUUUGCUUUACUGACCCUGAGGGAACCGUUGACGAAAUCCGCAACAAUGGCUUUGAAUCCUUAGGUGACCAGGAUUGUUUCCUUAGUCCAAUUGGGGGUUGUCCCGGUGGAUGCUGUCGAGUUGGGUUAACCUUGACGUGCGACAUUACAAACUUUCUUCCCCAGCUCCCCUGUAUCUGCAAUGGACUCACCAAAGGUACACCCAUUGGUGUCAUUACAAUGGCGCAAGAGUACGAGUUUAGCACCAAUUCCACCAACUCCACCCAGAGCAAUAGCACGGUCCCAUGAUGAUCAAGAGAGAUUCUACCGGUACCGUGUUAUUACGUUUUCGACAUGUUCACCUAACAUAUGCAUGUAUU